AUUUCCUCUACCUUAAGCUUUAAUCUGUAUGCCGCCCUUUUUUUCCUUUUUUUAUUUUAUUGCAGGCCUUCAUGGACAUGACAUCUGGAGGAGAAAAAGAUGGUUUUAAGAUUUAUGUAAGGCAGUUUAAACCCUUGACUGUGUUGGUACAAGAUUUGAGGUAGGGAGGAGUUAGUGCUGGCAGCACUGGGCAUUGGUUCACUGGGACAAUGUCAUUACCCCUAAAUCCAGGGCAAAUCCGACAUGACAUCCCCUUUUGACGUGUCGUGGGGGCUGUCACAUGGGCAUGGGGGGUCUUGCCCGGGGUACUUAAAAGCUCCUAGGAGUGUGCGCUAACAAGUCCGGACAGAUCUUUUUACGGAAUACACACUUUGCAGUAAUAUAUUUUUGUACCUUUAGCUUUUUUACAUUACAUUGAUAUAUUUUAAAAUUGUAUUUGAUUUGACCAUAUUUAUUUUUCCGUUAUUCAAACCUGUUUGGGCUUUACUACCGCUUCUGAAGCUUCUUCAGGUGAAUUUGGUGUUGAAGAGUUUUGAUUGAAGAAGUUCUUAUUAUUCAAUGUGGCUCAUUGGUUCGCCUAUGGAAGUUAUGAUGGAAGAGCGCAUGUCACCUUCCGCACGUUUCGUCAGAAGUCCGGUGAACACAUCUAGAGUUCACAGCAUUGAAGCAAUACUGGGAUUUAAAGAUGAAAACAUUUUUCAUCAGACAGUCUCGUACAACAAUUCGGGUAAAUUACAUUUGAAAGAUUGCGAGGGAAAGGGGAAUGAGAGUAUGUCCGCACUCAAGAAAAAACAUCACACAGAACAUUUUGAAAGUGUUUGUUGCUCGAGCAGUUCGGGUGCCCCGGCUAGUCCUGACUCACCUGAGGGGGACAGUAAACUUUCUGAUGAUGAGAAUCCCAAGAAAAAGCACAGGCGGAACAGGACGACGUUCACCACCUUUCAGCUUCACGAGCUGGAAAGAGCAUUUGAAAAGUCCCAUUACCCUGACGUUUACAGUCGAGAGGAACUUGCCCUUAAAGUUAAUCUACCGGAAGUUCGAGUGCAGGUGUGGUUCCAGAACCGUAGGGCAAAGUGGCGUCGCCAGGAGAAGCUGGAAGUCAGCGCCAUCAAACUCCAGGACAGCGUCCUGUCUUUUAGCCGCUCUCCUCCACACUCCCUGGGCUCAGGGCUGCAGCUGGAGCCCUGGCUUAGUACCCCCAUAUCCACCUCCACCACCCUGCAGUCUCUCCCCGGCUUUAUCAGCACCCCGCAAGGCCUUCCCGGCAGUUAUACCCCCCCACAGAACUUUCUUAACCCACCCUCUGCCCUCGGACACAACCUGCCCCAUUUAGGCACAGCCAUGUGCCCUCCGCCAACCUACCAGUGCUCUGGGUUCAUGGACAAGCUGGCCAUAGAGGGGACAGAUCCCCGAAACUCCAGCAUCGCCUCACUUAGGAUGAAGGCUAAGGAGCACAUCCAGUCUAUUGGGAAGACGUGGUAAUAUAGGACUGAAGGCAUCUUCCUCAAAGGGACAUUCAGAGAUGAAGG